UCUCAUUUUCUGAAAACUUGCACAAACGGUUUCACAAACUGAUCGUCUAAAAAUCCUCAUUCUCCAACUUUAUAUUCUGACAUCUUCUUUUCUUUUCACAACCAUUCAAAAGCUCUCAAAAUUCUCUGUGCUUAAGUUCUUCAAGUAUUCAAGUUUUAGUUGCUGCCAGGAAAUCAAGAAUUCUUGUGCGGCGCAAUUAGGAUCUCUAUCCCCGAGUUAAGCAUUAGUCAAGUUUACUACCAAGGAUUUGAGGACUCCAAAUUCCCAAAUUGGAAACCCCAGGCCCUAAUCAUCGUCUCUGCCUCGCCGGCGCGCCUGCGUCGCCGUGAAUUCUUCUGGAACUGGUUUGCUUGUGCUGGCAGCCUUCUAAUUCAUCUUCUGUCUCAGCCUCCCGACAUCUCACGGAUUCAGCCUUUCGAGUUUAACCGGGUUUACUCUGAAACCAAUAAUGGCGAGCUGUGAUACUACUGGCGAAGCGGAGCGUACUACUACUGACUUCCGAUGUGUGCAGUGUGGGUUCCCUGUCAAAACUCUCUACAUUCAGUAUUCUCCAGGAAAUAUUCGCCUUGUGAAAUGCGGAAAUUGCAAGGCCGUUGCUGAUGGGUACAUCGAGUGUGAAGUAAUGAUUCUCAUCCUUGAUUUGAUUCUGCACAAGCCCAAAGCGUAUAGACAUGUAUUCUACAAUAUGUUCAGUAAAGAGACUGUAAAUUUUGAGCAGAGCUUGUUGUGGAAAUUGGUUCUGGUGUAUGGUAUGUUGGAUAUCUACAAAAUGUGGGUUUUGAGCACAAAUGAGAAGGAAUAUCCUAUGCCUGUGAGUUUUACAUCAUUUCUGCUGGAAUUUGGAAAGAUGCUGACUGGUGCAACGUCUGGGAACCUCAUAUUUCUUUGUGUGUUGUUCUGUGGCACAAGAAAGCUUCUCAGUGUGGCGACUAGAUUUCAUGGGUGGAAACAAAUGCUGUUUGUCGUUGUUGUUUCAAGUUACUUCAAGAUCUUUCUCUUGGCCAUGAUGGUCUGGGAAUUCCCUUCCUCUGUGAUUUUAAUCAUUGACAUUUUUGUCUUAUCAUCCAACACUGUGGCUUUAAAAGUGAUCACAAACUCAGGGAUUGUGAGAUGCUUGCUCGUGUGUGCCUUGGCACAUGGUAUGAAGUUUUUCGCCAGUCAGAACAAAGCAUUCGUCCUCCAAGGCUGAGUGACAGAAAUGGCAUGGCAUCAGCGAAGAAAUCAUCGAGCAGUUUGGUGUUCCCAUUAAUCAAUAUCCCCUCCUCGAGUGAAUGGUGCAAAAAGCUUAAGAUAUGCUGCUAUUCUUGUUGAUCCUGGCCGUAAAUUUGUACUUCUAUGUUGUAGACAUCUGCUGAAAUGCAGAAACUAGGCUGAGAAUUUUGUCGACACAUUGGUAAAUUGAGGGCAGUCCACCGUAAAUUAGUGGCUCUUCUGUUUCCUCAUCCUCUCUCUCUCUUGUUCUUCCAACUCAGAUUUGGAACACCAUUUUUGGUCUUACUAUUGGUUUGUUUUUACAAUUUGUAAAAAGGUUUGCCCUAUGAUUUUUUAGAUGGUCCAGCCAUAAUAAUAGCAUCAAUCUUCUAACAUAAUAA